AUGAAAAGGGUGGGCUUCAACCGCUGGACGAAGGUCACACUCUCGGUGAUCGGUUACAUUAUAAUUCGUCCAUAUAUCGAAGCCUGGUUUAAGAAAAUGAGUGAACGCGAUCGCAAGAAGAUGCAGGAGAAGGAAAAGGCCAAGAGGGAGGCACAAGGAGGCAAGAAGGCUAAGGUUUCGGCCAAUACACUGCGAGGUGGUGCUAGCGGAGGCGGAAAGGUGCUCGGAGAGGUCGAGAAUACCGAUGACGAGAUUGAGGAUGGAGAAGACUUUGCGACUGCCAGCGGAGUGCCGGAGUGGACAAAGAAUGCGAGAAAGAGGCAGAAAAAGUACAUGAAGAGUCUGAAGGAGGCAGAGGCGAACGCGAAUAAGUUGUCCCAGGAUCAGAUUAUGGAAUUGUUGGAUUGGAGUGAUUCGGAAAAUGAGAAGAAGGACGCCUGA